CUGAGUGGUAUACCCCAAGAUGAUAUCUUUUUAACAUCAAAAUUGUGGUGUACUGAUUAUGGUUCUUCAUCUACUAAAAAAGCAUUUCAGGGCUCUUUGAAACGGCUUGGAGUUGACUAUUUAGAUCUUUUCAUGCUUCAUUGGCCUUUAUGCCCAUCAUCCUGUAUCAAUAGAGCGAAAACUUUAGAAGAGACAUGGCGAGAAUUGGAGCUCUUAUAUGAUGAAGGUCUUUGUCGGGCAAUUGGUGUGAGCAAUUAUGACAUUGCUGAUUUAGAAAAGUUAUUGGAUACUGCUUCUGUGACUCCUCAUGUAAACCAAGUUGAAUUUCAUCCCUUUCAGAACCCCACUGAAUUACAAAACUAUUGUCAAGAGCAUAAAAUUCAAAUGGAG